GACCUUUGAGAGAGAGAGAGAGAGAGAGAGAGCGAGAAAGUGCGCGUGUAAGAGCUAUCCAUGGCUUCUCCAAGGAUUCUCCUCUGCGGCGACGUUCUCGGUCGUCUGAAUCAGCUCUUCAAGCGAGUCGCAGCGGUAAACAAAUCCAACGGUCCGUUCGAUGCCCUCUUCUGCGUGGGACAGUUCUUCCCCGACACUCCAGACCGUCUCGAUGAACUCUCAGACUACAUCGAAGGCCGCUCGCCCAUCCCUCUCCCGACCUACUUCAUCGGUGAUUAUGGCGUGGGAGCGGCUAAAGUCUUGUCUCCUGCUUCCAAGCAUCCGGCUAAUCUCGGCUUCAAGACUGAUGGGUUGAAGAUAUGUGAUAAUCUCUAUUGGUUGAAGGGCAGCGGGAAAUUCUCCCUCUUCAGUUUAUCCAUAGCUUACUUAUCUGGAAGGAAGUCAUCUGAUGGUCAGCCAAUGGGAACAUACACGGAUGAUGACAUUGAUGCAUUGCGAGCUUUGGCCGAAGAACCCGGAGUUAUCGACCUUUUCCUAACUAAUGAAUGGCCAAGCGAGAUCUUGAACAGAGCUGCUGAUGCCCCAGUAGGAAUUUCAAAUCCUUCUGGCAGCGAUCCCCUCAUAUCACAGUUGGCUGCAGAGGUCAAGCCUCGCUAUCAUGUUGCAGGUACUAAAGGCGUAUUUUAUGCACGUGAACCUUACUCUAAUGAUGGAGCUGUGCAUGUAACCCGCUUUGUUGGUCUUGCUCCUGUUGGGAACAAGGAUAAACAGAAAUUUAUUCAUGCGAUUUCUCCUACUCCAGCAUCUACUAUGUCAGCUGCCGAGAUAUGCUUGAAACCGUCAAAAACUACCUUGUCUCCAUAUACAGUCACAGAGCAGACAACCCAGGCUACAGAAGCAACAAAACAACAUGGUAAUAACAUUACAGAUGCACAAUAUUGGCGUUAUGAUGUCUCGCAAAAGAGGCAUAGGCAGGGAAGUGGCGAUGGUGAAAGGCUGUGUUUCAAGUUUACAUCCACAGGAUCUUGUCCCAGAGAGGAAAAAUGCAACUUUCGGCAUGACAUGGAUGCAAGGGAGCAAUAUUUGAAAGGUUGUUGUUUUGAUUUCAUUAACAGAGGGAAAUGUGAGCGGGGUUCAGACUGCAGCUUUCAGCAUGGGUUAGGGGAGGAAGGUGAUAGCUUUUCUCGCAAGAGGCACAGGUCCAACAAUCGUGGUAAUGAAUCUCAGGGGAGAGAAUGUUGGUUCUGCUUGUCAAGCCCCAAUGUGGAAUCGCAUCUUGUAUCGAGCAUAGGAGAAAGCUGCUAUUGUGCGCUAGCUAAGGGCCCACUAGUUGAGGAUCAUUUCCUGAUAAUACCUGUCGAGCAUUGUCCCAAUACUCUUUCUGUGGCCCCAGAAGUAGAGAAAGAGCUACAAAGAUAUAAAGAUGCAUUGAAAAUAUACUUCAAGAACCAGCGGAAAGUAGUUGUCUUUUAUGAGUGGCUUUCCAAACAAGGCCUAUCAAUGCAUGCUAAUCUUCAGGCUAUUCCUAUUCCCUUAUCUAAAGCAUCUGAUGUUCAUAGGCAUUUUAUCUUGGCUGCAAAAAAGUUGGGUUUUGAAUUUGAAGUUAUCAACCCAAGCAAUCAUUCUAGUGAAGGUAGAAAAUCAUUGAGGUCGCUGUUUGAUGGGAAAUCAAGUUUCUUCUAUUUGGAACUCCCAGAAGGCACAAUAUUGUUUCAUUCUGUCGAGGACAAAGAGAAGUUCCCAGUCCAAUUUGGACGAGAGGUGCUUGCUGGCAUGUUAAGUGUGAUGGAUAAAGCAGAUUGGAGAAACUGUAAGCUUAGCAAAGAAGAUGAGAUACAGAUGGUGGAAAGUUUCAAGAAGGGAUUCGAAGAAUUGGACCCAGCUCGGUGAUAUUCGACUAUCUCAGAUUGUAUCUGAGUUUUUCAUCGGCAUUCUUGUCAGUGGGGCACAUCACAUGCAUGAGUUUCACCAUACCUUUUGUGAAUUUUAAGUUUAGCAUGGACAAGAAGGUAGUGGUGCAGUUGAAAAUUACUCCUACAUUAUGUAGAAGAGGAGCAAUGAGGUUCAAGUGUGCGUUACUAAAAGGUCUGUGCUCCCCCACUAGGGAAAGAGAUGGGCCAAACAGUAUCUUGUUGGGAUUUUUGAAAGACGGAAGUGAAAAAGUUAGAAAAAUCAUGAUUUUAAUUUUAAUUAGAUCAAUCCCGUUUAGGUGUUAACAAUUAUCAAUAGAAUAAGAGGAACAGUUUAGAUCA